CAUCUGCCAUCUUCAGCACAUAUCUAAAGAACUCACGUAUAGUCAAUGAGAUGUACUCAAAGCAUGUCAUGCCGUGAUUUGGAUCCGCUGGGAUUCGGCGGAUGACGCAGGCUGAGGCUGAAUAACCGGAGCGCACGAAGUGAUGAACGGAAGCGCCAGUGCGCACCUCCCCUAUAAUAAUCUGCUGAGCGCCGUCGCUGUCUCUUCAGCACCGCUCACUGACAAUUCAACGGAGCGGAGAGGAAAGACAGGCACAGCUGAGUUCUCUGCGACCUUCUGAGGAUUGUAUUGCUGGAGAUAACAAACCCAACAGGGUUCAACUUUGCUUUUUGCUUUUUUCUCUUUCUUUCUUUUUUCUCUGGAGUAGAUUUAUCAAAAUCUGAAUUGGCCGAGUUUUAAAUGCUGGAAGAUUUGGUUGUCUUUGUGUGUAUGUGUGUAUAUUAUAGCAGACCGACCAUGUGGUUGAUGAACAAGUAAUACUAUGGGCUUUCACUGCGGAUUUAUUUUCUCCAAAUCGCUUCAUAAAUUUUAGGUGGUUUUUUUUUCCCGUAAAACUUUGGAUGUGUUAAUUUUUUUUAUACUAAAUUAAUAAAAUCGGUGUAAAAAGUUUAUUACAUAAUUUCAGGUGUUUUUUUUUUGUGAAACAUUUUUACUUUCCUGUUCCUAAAGGGAUUAGUAAUUCCCAUUUCACCCAAGAUGCUGACUUUAGUUUUUGGACUUAUGUACCUGGUCAGCGGGCGCACGGUGAGCAGCCAAGAUGUAACAGGUAGUCGGUUCGUGUGUAACGCAAUCCCCCCGGGCGCAGAACCCGGCUGCGGGUAUGGCCCCACAGGCAACCGCGUCCAGAGCAGCAGCCCCGUGGAGGAUGAGCUGCGCAACACCAUCAUCCAGCUUCGGGAGACUAUCCUGCAGCAGAAGGAGACCAUUGUGAGCCAACAGGGAACCAUUAAAGAGCUCAACUCCAAGCUGGCGCGCUGCGAGGCGGCAGCCGAUGAGAUGGCGCAGGGUAAGUCCCGGGGUCAGGGCUCCAGAAGGAAGGAGUACGGGAAGAACACCAUGGGAGACCUGCCCCGGGACCCCGGUGAGACUAUAGACCAACUGGGCAAAACCAUGCAGACCCUGAAGGGUCGGCUGGAGAAUUUAGAGCAGCAAAGCCUGCGCCUCCCCAGCACAAACUCAUCAGCCGGAGGAGCCUCGGCCCUGACUCCCCUGCCACCAGAGCUCCGCGAGCUGCUGCGCCAGCGUCUGGGUGCACUGGAGACCCAGCUCCUCCGUAAGGUAGCUGAGCUGGAGGAGGAGAAGAGCCAGCUCUACAAUGAAACCGCGGCCCACCGCCAACGCACCGAAACCGCUCUCAACUCCCUCAUGGAGAGGAUCGCGGAGCUCGAGAAAAGUAAUAAUGCCUUUAAGUCUCCAGAGGACUUCAAGGUGUCCCUCCCUCUUCGCACCAACUAUCUGUACGGACGCAUUAAGAAGAGCCUACCAGAGAUGUACGCCUUCACUGUUUGCAUGUGGCUGAAGUCCAGCGCCAGUCCAGGCAUAGGAACCCCUUUCUCUUAUGGCGUGCCUGGACAGGCCAAUGAGAUAGUUCUGAUUGAAUGGGGCAACAAUCCUAUUGAGUUACUGGUCAAUGACAAGGUGGCCCAGCUCCCUCUGUCAGUGAGCGACGGGCGCUGGCACCACAUCUGCAUCACCUGGACGACUAGGGACGGCUUCUGGGAGGCUUAUCAGGACGGCGAGCGGCUCGGCACUGGAGACAACCUGGCCCCCUGGCACCCAAUUAAACCUGGAGGGGUGAUCAUCCUGGGCCAGGAACAGGACAUCGUCGGAGGGCGUUUUGAUGCUACCCAAGCCUUUGUUGGCGAGCUGAGCCAGUUCAACAUGUGGGACAGAGUACUACGGCCGGUGGACAUCAUGGGUUUGGCUAAUUGUUCGGCCUACAUGCCGGGGAAUGUGGUUCCUUGGAUUGACGCCAAUGUAGAAGUGUUUGGUGGUGCAAGUAAAGCUGCUCUCGAAAUCUGCGAAGACCGUGCUUUUGAUUCCUAAGAAGGCAAUUCAAGGAGUCCUGCAUGGCCAAAGGGAUCUGAAUUUUGAAUAUUCAGAUAUUGUCUAACCCUAAGGGUAGCAUUGGACUAUCCACCACGGUCUCUAAGGCUUGGUGUUUAUUGGAUUUAAAAGAUCACGUGCUCAUCAAAUAUGAACCCUGGAGACAUUCCCGGGUACGUCAAAUUGAUUCUCUCUGCAGAGGAAGACGCUGAAUGCUGUUUAAUAUGUCUGCUGUUAAGAUAUGACCUGCUGUUGUCUUGUUUUUUAUUUUUCAUUCGCAAGCUUACUUGUCAUUUGACAACUCUUUGAGAACAUCUCACGGUGGUUCUGUUCCUUAUUUUGACAACACUGCACUGUUUCCCUUGUUGAAUGUGAGCUCAAAUAGGCUUUGAUGUGCUGCAGAAAACUGUGGUCGAGCACUACAUGCUCUGAGUUUUUUUGGUUGUUUGAAAAGCAGUGAGGCCGAAGUAAAUACCAAAAUGAGGCAGAUGCUUAUGGGUUUGAACUUCACUAUUGUCCAAAAUAAUAUGCAUGAGUCAGAGCAGUGCAUGCUUUCUGUCAACAUGCACAGUGAGUAUGCUGCGUCAAAACAGGCUGAUGCAGCGUGCUGCCAACAUUAUGUAAGACCUUGUGUGUGUGUGUGUGUGUGUGUGUGUGGGGUACACGUUCCUGUGCUUAUGGCUUGUCUUGCGUGUAAAACAGACCAGAAGCUUAUGAGGGAGAGAGGGAGGACAUUUUUUAUUCUUGCAAAUCUAUGCUUAAUACCUCAUUGCCCUUUGAGCAGCUGCCAUGCUCACAAACAGCUUUCUGAACGGGGCUGGCUCUGCCCAGGUUAACAGCGACGUCGGACAGCUGCCCAGUCCUGGCUAAAUGACAGAACUGUGGACGCCAGCUGACCACUCGGCGAGGACAGGGACUUGGUCUGGCCUUCAAGGACAAUCCCUAACUCCCCAUGUGGGUUGUAAUUAUCCAAGUUUAUGAAUGAAUGCAGCAUUGAGUGCUCCUGGUCUCCUGAUGUUUCUGUAAGUGUGUUAUUAAUGAGAAAACAUUCAAAUGUAGGGGCUAUGUCAGAUGGGAGUAGCACUCUACAGACAUUUUGAAUGUUACUACUACAUGGAGCUUGGUCCUAAAUGUCUCAUUCUUGACAGACAUAAAGGUUUUGAUCAACUGAUAUAUAUAUUUUUAAACAGAAUGGAGUGUAUCUAAUGUAUUUUGACAUUAAUCAUGAAUAAAACUAAUAGUUUUUGGAGCUUAAAAUUUGUUGUUAAUGUUGAAAUGGACAGUUUUUAAGGACCCUUCUUUUCCCCGACGAACUAGAAGGAACAUAAAGAAAUAAAGCUAAAGGUGCUUCAGCCAGCCUUUUUGAGUUGCAGUUUUCUUUGAGGUCUGACUCACCAAUUGGCAGUUUCAUAAAUCCUAAGAUUUCUUUGAAGAAUUUUAACACACAGAAAGGAUAAAAAAAAAAAUUUGCAGCAGGUUUUUCUGCAGUAGUUGUGAAUCAAACAGAAAAUGAAGGAAUUCCAGCACGAGAUUACUUCAGUUUGUGGAUCAAAAAACGCGUGACCAGACUUUAUGUGACUUUUUCUAUGAUCACAAAUAGUUUAUGUUUUAGUACAGGGUACACCUUAGAUAAAUAACCCCCCCCCCAAAAAAAUCAGUUUUUCAGUAUUUGAAUGGCUCAAUAUCAAUGAGUUGAAAAAACCUGUCUUGAUUCUGAUCUCUGGACAUCUCUUGAUAAAAGCCUAAUUUCCCUAGAGUUUGGGAUUAAAUAUUAAAAUAGAAGUUUUCCUCUGAUUAAAAACAAUAUAAGUAAACAUGUAGUAACACCAAAUGCUGAAAAAUAAAUGAAAUCCUGUUGUGAACUCUACUUUUGAAUGUUUCUGUUAGCAAUGCUUUAUUGUAAAGAUAAGAAUUUUUUUUUUCUGUUCAAAUUGUCUGUUCUUGUAAACAAGUUAUUUGCAUAGUUAUAUGCAAAUAACUUAUCAGAAGCAGUCAUGCAAAACAGCAAGAAUGCACAAAUGUUCUGUUGGACAUUCUGGUGAAUGGCCUUUUGUGAAAACCAUAUGUGCUUUUUUUGCGAGUGGAGACUUUAAACUUUCUGUCAGCUUUUGUAGCACACUUUCAUGACAGCGCAGAAAUGCCGAAAAUGUGUUUGUGUUCUGCAAACUUUAACCACAUGAAAUUCUGCAACUGUCUGUUAUGAUAACUGAUGUAUUUUUGCACUCAAUAAACGAAUAAGCAAGCUCUUGAGAA